AAGCGGUAGUGAUCGAAGAUGAGGAAGAGAUAACACCGGACAGAUAGGCAUCAUUUAGUGUCCUGGUCAAUUACUUGUGGUCUUGGUUAGCAUUUGCUAAUUAAUCUCAAUUUACAUUUAGUCGUUUUACAACAUUUUCAGCUACUUUUACCAAAAAAUAAGUAUUUAGUGGCGGAUACCCACCACUACAGCUGAAAAGAUACCAAGUACUACGAAGGCGAACGCAAUCUAUCUGUUUCAUCACGAUCACCAUACAUAGAAAAGAACUCAAGAACUCGUUCUCACGCGUCGUGUCAUGAGCUGAAGAAUGUUUUUUGGUGAGUAAAGUGACUGUGAAGAACCCAGGAGCAAGCUGUUGACCGCGAUUCAUCAACCCUUUCGAAAAGAGGCUAAGUUUUCCAGAAAGACCCAGCGCCACAGAGUAUUGAAAAUACAAACAGGAUGCCGCAAAACGGAAAUGACAGGAUGGACCGUGGUCGCGGCGAUCGGGGACGUAUAAGUUUGACUUACGUAAUGUUAGAUUGCUGCACGACCUUUCUCUUCUAUAAGUCCCAUAUGUGGUUUUCCAUUUUGCAUGGACGAGCUUCGGUAUAAUAAUGAUAGCGCUAGUACCUCUCAUUCAUUAUAUGAUCACUCUUGGCCGCUUUACACUUGCAAAAUAUGAAGGUGGUGAUGGCGGUGCGCGCGGUCGGCCUGCAAAACGGCGAAAUGAGGAGCUUUCCUCGAGUAGAAGCGUAGCACGAUCAGACGCGGAAGGAACCAAAAAGCAGAAAAAAGACCAAAACAGGUAGAAAUCAAUAUGAAGAACCAACUAGUUAUACAUGGUCAUGGCCAAUCCUUCUCUGACAACAGUUUCCUCAAAUGAUCACGACAAGAUGUCGUGUCCGCUGGCAAUUAUGCACAUCGUAGAAUUAGCAUAUUCAAUUUUACUUUACCCAAAGGUCAGAGCCUGAUAGUAGGCGGAUAUCAUGCAGAAAUCUUCCAGCAGACAUGCAGGAGCAGCAAGUGAUCGAAUUUUUUCAGGGACAAUGCGAAUGCCUAGUCUCGUGGGUCGAGCUGGAUGAUGGGUACUUUUCAUUCUUAAAUGACAUGACGAGCGAACCGUAAGUAGCGUAUGGUGUUUUCGAUUCUCAUUCUUCACGCAUGCCUGACGAGUGAUGAAAAUGAAAGAUCAUGAUUUUUUGGCAUGUGACUACAUCCACAGAAUUGCGACGUUGCAAUUUGCAAACACUGCGGGAGUCCAGAAUGCAUUGCAAAAAGUAAACGGUCACAAAUUUUUUGGUGGUGAUACGGCUUUGCGCGUUGACGUGGAACAGGAAAGUCCCGCACGUGAGCAGGAACCUCCACCUGCUAAUAAGCAAGACGACAACGCGGGAGGUAUGAGAUUGCUGAAAUUGUCUAACUAGUAGUAGAAUAUUCAACCAUGUUGAGGUUGAGCUUCUGAAGUCCGUCCUCGUAGCGUCAACAUGAUGUUACCAUUGUAGUUGUAGUAGUACAACGCGCAGGAGUUUUCUUCUUUAGUACACAUCAUAAUAUCACUUGGAUCUCCUACUUGGGAAUUCAAGCGAUCUACUUCUUCUUCUACGGAACAAGUACAACUGCCGCCCUCGUUACAAUGGAGUUCUCACUUAAUAUUCGCAUCUCGGCCAACAUCAACAAGGUCGUGCGCGAUCGAGCACGCGCAGCGAAGGGAGCGAGAGUAGUCGUGUAGAUUUGAGGAACAAGGGUCCCAACAUUAAGAGAGGAGGACGGCAGAACGACGGUCGCGAGAAUUCCACCUUUCCGAAGUUCGACGCCAAAGCACAAAAUGGACACCAUGGCAACGGGGGCAAUAAGGUAUCCCUCUACUUGUAUCUACUUCGAAAGAUCGGCGUGUUAUCAUGCCGCGUAUGAUCUCAGAGUCAUACUUACCUACUUGAUGUAUGCAGAUGAUGAUGACUCCAACAAUCCUCUUCUCUCUCUCAAAAGAAAAAUAUAUUUAAUUGAAAUUGGAGUAAGUUCUCAACAAACUUACUAGGGGCGAAGUCCUUUGCCUCCGCGCGGAGCAGGCGGCAAAGACAGAGUUGGCAAGGGAGAUAGAACUCCAGCAGGAGGGGAUCGUGGUGGUACAACUAAUUACAAAAUUGAAGAACGAUGUAUAAAACAUGAACGUGUAUCCUAUGGUUUCUCAUGCUUUACUUGUAUAUUGAUACGGUAGUUUCUGGAGAGCUGAGAAAAGGUUUUUUUUAGUUCCUCCUCCUCCAUAGAAGAAAGCUAUGAGAAGCUCGGCUCAUGUAAUAAUCAACAGGAGCUGGCAUUGAUAUGAAGCGCCCAGUGCGACGUGUUAGCGAUAAUGGCAACGCAGAUGAACCUGUGCCACGCGUUAUUAUGAGAAAUCUUCCCCAAGGCCUCCAGGAGGCUGAUUUUCAGGCAAUCGCGGAACUUGUACUUACUUAACUACACGACAAUAUCAAUAACCUUGUCUUCGAUUUAUUCCUGUUUCACCCCAUUCCCACCUCUGUGUACUAAUUGAUACGUUAGAAGAAAAUAUCAAUAUGUCGUGGGUAUGUUAAUGAGACACAUCGCCGUUAACGAUCUAGUAGAAGUCCAAGUCAUGAAAAAAUGUUGAUCAACAUAGAUGGACUAAAGGUUCUCUAACUCUCACCACCUUCUCAGAAGGGCACCCUUUUUAUGUACAGAUCUGUUCCAAAAUGUACAACUUGUUAAAUGCUUAUACAUAGGUUGGUCCAACAGACGGUCGAACGCGCAUUUUUCCGGAGAAUACGGAUAAGGGGCCACGAGUUUGGAAAGGAAGUGUGCAGUACCUGAACCACACGGAUGUGGUCCGCGCUAUCGCAUAUUUCGAAAACAAAUCUAUGGACGGCUCGAAGAACCAUGAUUUCAGUAAGAAUGAAUCAACAUUGACGUAUUUCUGCGUGUCUUAGUCUGUGAAGAUGAACUGUUCCAUCUUGUCAAUAGUUGAGAAUGGCUAAGGUGAGAAGAUGCAAUGACUUACAUAUUACCUCUACAAAAGAUAGAGUAUUUACUGUCGUAGUCUUCUAAUGAAAACAUCGACAAGUGCCCACAUCCGAUCAAGUGCACCGUUGAGCGCGACACGAAGCACGACUUCACGGUCAUCUAUAGUAAGGACCACGUAGCAGCAUCCCGCAACAACAAAGGAGGCGGCUUUCGAAGGUAG